AUGCAGCCAUCUGACGUUACCCUAGAGAAUGCAUCCAUCGCACGAAAAAAUUUACAACGACGCUAUUUAAAAAACAAUAAAAAGAAAAAGGCUAAAUAUCGGGUUGGCGAUGUUGUACGCAUCACUCGGACACGCGGCACCUUCGAGAAAGUAUAUGAAUCGGGAUGGAGUGAGGAAUUGUUUAUUAUCAAACGGAUAAUAACGUGGAGAACAUACUCACCUGUUGUGUACGAAUUGGAAUAUUUAGCUGGUAAAGUAAUUGACGGACUUUUUUACGAACAAGAAUUAGCAGAUGUCAAGAAUAGGAAUGUGCACAAGGGUGAGUUUAUUGUUGAAAAAAUAAUUCAAACUCGUGGAAAAGCUUCUGAAAAACAGGCUCUCGUCAAAUGGGCCGGACAUCCUGAUAAAUUCAAUUCUUGGAUACCUGCUUCUGAAUUAAAAAACAUCUAA